UCUAACUUCUGGGAAUCCAAGAGGAGAGGAUAAUUAUGAUAACCUAUGUAGUUAGUUCAUAGGAAAGAAAAUGUAAUUAUCUUAUUGGCAAUUAUUAAUUAUAAUUUAUGAUGAAAAUAACUCGGGUACUGAGGUCUAUAAACAGCAAAUCGUUGGAGUCCUUGAAAAAGACCGUUGAGGAGAAAAUAUCAGAAACUCCUCAAUAUUUGAGCACUGUGAAAAAUGAAAGGAAUAAAAUGAUAACCACUCUGAAUGAAUGGUAUCUGAAGGUUACGGGAACGAAGGAGGUUGACGCUGACUCUUUAAAAAAGACAAUGAAAGCGACCAUAGCAGAAGCACCACAAUAUCUCAAGUCAGUGAAAGAAGAGAAGAAAAAAAUAGUUUAUGACAAAAUAGCAAAUUUAAACAAAUGGUAUGUUAAAAUCAUCGGAUUGGAUGAAGUUAAACUAUAUCAGGAUAGGGUUACUGCUUUGCAGGAACAACUGCUGAAGACACAAGAGAAGCGAAGAGAAGUGUCCAAACAGUUGAAUGAGGUACGACAGAGGUCUGUGGAUAUUCAAAACCAGAUACAGCACAUUGACAGAAAAGAGAAAUUUGAUGUAUACUGUCAGUUAAUAAAAGAAGAACGGGAGAUAGUAACUUUAGAGAGAUCGGUACUGAAUACGUUUCAAGAAUAUGAUCAGACUGAAAGAGAACUCUUUACUGCUUUUGCCAAUGCUAUUCGAGAUUCUCAUGAGAAGCAACGAGCCCAGCUCGAGUACACCAAAUAUCUGGGGCUGAUUCUGAGCAUUGCGGGCUCGUUUUUAGCUUUUGUUUACACAACAUACAAGAAACAUGAUUUGAAGAUGUUCAUCGACGAGAAAUUAUCUACUUUGGAGUUGAGCGGCAGUUCUGAACCGUUAGUUCACAAUGUGAUAGAAGCAAACGAGAAGACUAUGAGGGAAGUUAUUAAAAAUAGAGAUGCUUUACAGCAGGUUAUAAAUUCAACUAAGACGAGCGAGAGUUUGGUUAAAGAAGUAUUGCAGAAUAGGGAAACUUUGAACAGGGUUGUCAGGUUUUUGAAUAAUGAAGGAAUGAGAGAGCGACAUACCGCAGGUAUACUAACGAGCGAAACAGAACAAGGUGCAAUGACUGAUUUACAGAUGAAUGUUGUAAAAUAUGUUGGAGGAAUAUUGGUAUUUGCUUUUCUCUUAAAACUAUUCUCGUCAUAGAAUUGUUUCCAAAUUGUAGAUUUAUAGGGUGUAGUAAGUCAAAUUGAAUGCAUUUAUUGUACAGGAUAAUUUUAUUUAUUUUAUGUUGAAUACUCUCAAUAAUACAUGUGUGAUGAAAUUGACCGAUACUUGAUACAUAGUUGAUGAACCUCAUGCUGAAAUUUUAACUAAACAGUUUACAAAACCUU